AUGAAAAUUCUGAUAAAAAUUGAGCGAAGUUAUUAUCUGGAAAAAAUCAAACAAAAUAGAGAAGAGUGCAUUGAAAUUGUUUUGAAAGAUCUGGUCUAUAGACGUGCAUUAAAAUUACCUGUUCCAACAGAAGAACUAAAAUUAAUGGAUCAAUUAAUUGCCACCGACAGAAAAAUCAGUGACAUUGUCAAUAAGUAUAACAGAAAAGUCACUGAAUCAUAUUCCCUGAGUUCACAUAAUGACAAUGACUUCCGUUAUUACUGCUAUAGUCCAAUUAUAAGGAGAAUAAAAUAUGCUACGGACAGAUUGAAACUUCUCGAAAAUUUGAAGAAAAUUUCUUCUCUUAGAAAAGCUAUACCGUUGUCUUAUGAACUGCGGUGUUAG